CCAUCCCGUGGCUAUGACGUUUAACCUUCGCGACAAACUUUGUGUAGACAACACAUUGCUUCAAAAAUGACCACUGCACUAUUAAAGUCUCUUAGCAUAUUAACCAAACCCAUUCGAGACUCUCACUUGAGCGAUGGUCUAAGCACGCAAACGACACUUUUGUCAGCUCUCCAGACGAACCUGUCGGAGCUUCGCGAGCGGAUGUCAGCUGGAGAGCUGGAGGAAGCCCACCUAAUGCUAGAGGAGACCAGGAGAGAGAUCACAUGGGUGUGCAGUGAUACAGAUGACCUAACCUGGGGCUUUGUCCAGGAAUGUCUUCUAUUACUGUUCUGCCUGGCACGUCACUUCACCCGCCUCCUGGAAGACUUUCACCAGAAUCCUGCUGCACCAAAUCUUAGGACCCCUGAAGCUGCCCCACCUCUGCCACCAGAUGUGCUCAGUGUGGCCCAGCAGAAGACACUUGGCACUGUGCUGCAGUUUGUUGUCACAUUGGGUCUCUGCCCAUAUUUGGCCCCUGGUGUGGGGGUGGCCCUGGGGCUGAGGUCAGCCUUUGGGGCUGCAGUGGAGGAGGCAGUGCGUCACGAUGUGGCCCCUGUAGGGGAACGUCGUCUACUUAUCACCACUAACGUUUUGCUGGAUGUGUCUACCCUGUCGUCCCUAGCAACUCCUGUUUUCACACGCCACCUGGGUGACAUCAUGGCAGCUCUGUGUCAAUUGGCAUAUCGCCCCGAAGGAGAGAGCACAAAGAGCAAUAAGGGGCUGACAGUAGAGGAACGCAAAUCCUGCAAAGAAGCACUUCACAAUCUUUUAGGAAAAGUGUAUCAGCCAAUUGUCAUUAAGGAACUGCUUGUUCUCCAAGGGGGACCUAAACAGGCAUCUUCAGGCUCCAGAGGUGGAAGUGCUGGAGGUAAGGCUCUGAUCCAAGCACCUCCUUGGCUGAGGCGCCUGUGUGGACAGCUGCUGUCUGAGAGGUUAAUGCAACCUCAUGGGGUCCAAGCUGUAGUGAGGGCCAUCCUAGAGGGGACCGGAGCAGGUGGAGACUCUGACUGGAGGAAAUGUGAUGCUGUGGCCAAGAUCCUCGCCUCCUGUCCUCAGCAAUCCCUCUCUGCUGAGAGCUACUACAGUCAAGUGUGUCCACAGAUACUGGAGCUUCUGCAUUUCAAAGACAAACUUACUGCACAGCAGUUCCAGAGAGUUGCCACCAGGGCGGUGCUCACCAUGGUGCAAGAGCGGCCUGAGUUUGCGCAGCGAUUCCUACUCUUGCCUCUUCUCUCCCCUCUUCAUCGCUGUACAGAGGGAACUGGCAAUGACCUAUCCCAGGAUGCAGUGCAAGAGUGGGAGCUGACUCGCUGUAUUGAGGAUAUAUACAAAAUCUGUGUGGUGGGUAACAAUCCAUCAGAAGUGCUGCUUAAAGCACUGGAUGAUGCAUUCUCAACCCUUUUCAGUCUGUUUUGCUUCACCAAACAGAACGUCUCUCACUUACGCAUACCUUGUCAGGAGAUCCUGAUAUGGUGUCUAUCUCAUUCAAAGCGCUCUGUAGCUCUUUCCCUGCUGAAACGCUUGUGUGGCCUCCUAGGAGAGGUGGACGGAGUCAGACAUGACUUUCAGUUCUCACCUGGCAGUGAGGGAGGAGCCAGACUUACAGUUAGAGAGCCUAUCAGUGAUGAAGAUGAUGUUCUCUUUGAGAAGGUCUCAGGUGAUCAAUGGAGAGUGCAGUGUUUGGUGCAGCUGUUGGAAGAGAUGAAGGACAGUGACAUGCCUGGAGAGUUUUUCCUGCUGUUGUUGCAGGAUUUAACAGCUCUGGCUGCUGAAAAAGAGGACAGAGUUGAGGAGGUGGUAGACACUUCAUCUAUGACCCUGCUGGAGUUAGAGCAGCACCUGCUGGGCCGUGAGAUUGGACACGGACAGAGACUGGCUCUACUGCAGACACUGGCCAUCAUGUGUGAGGGUCUGCCACAUACAGCACUGCUCCGCAAACCCACUCAGGUGGUUGGGUUCAUAGUGUCCAUGCUGAAGAGGGCUUGUGUUGGUCUGGAGCAUGGCAUUGACAGUCCAGUGGAGAGUCAAACUCUCAGUAUGGGAAUGGGGCUUGUAGCCACUCUCCUGUCUGGAGCUGCCGAGCUGAGUGCAGAUGAUUACUUGUCAAUGGCUACACUGCUGCCUCCUUUAGAGCAGAUAUCUCAGCAGCACCCAGAGACUGUCAUCCAGGAGUUGGCUUCUGAUCUGAGGGCCACCAUCGCUACACAUGGGGCAUACCACCCUAAAACAGUCUCCAGAACAGAUUGCCAGCACAAUCCAGACCCCAGUACUUCUCAGCCAACAGGGCAAAGUUCAAACACCCUCCCAGCCAAUAUACCCUCAUCUAGACUUCUCUCCAUACCCCAGACUAGCCCAACAAGUCGCAGAGGUGAUGCCUCACCAGGACAACCUCCCUCCACUCAUUCAUAUAGCUCUGAGGACACUCCUAGGACUUUGGUUAGCCAAGUUCCCACAUCAUCAGUGUCACGACCCAAACACACAACAGAUCCUGGUGAAGCACCUAAAGUUAAAGACUCAUGCCAUGGUACUGAACCAAAACCUGGGCAGUCAGCUGGAAGAAUAGCCAAUCCUGGGAUUUCUGAGGGCCCACCCAGUAAAGCUUUCACAGAGUGCCUGCUAGAGGCCUGUGACCCAGAUGUUCCCUCUAAAUCUGUAGCACUACGUUCACUGACUCGCUCUGUUAGAGAUGGAGACAAGGAAGCACUGCAGAACAAGGACAAACUACUGACUCUCUUUCUGGAGAACUUGGAGCAUGAAGACUCCUUUGUGUAUCUGUCAGCCAUUCAAGGUUUGGCAGUGUUGGCUGACACUUUCCCUGAGCAAAUUCUGCAGAGAUUGCUGGGAGAGUAUCAGACUGGAGCGACUGUGUGUUCCCCCAAGAGGCAGCACUCCCUGGAGACAUGUCUCAAAGUGGGCGAGGUUUUAAUGAGAGCCAGCCGGGCGAUGGGUGACCUGGCUCCACACUACGGCCGCCCUCUGAUCGGUGUGUUCCUAAAUGGCACUCGAGACAAGAGGAGUAGUGUGCGUGCCAGCAGCCUCUCAAACCUGGGUGAACUGUGCCAACGUCUCAACUUUUCCCUUGGACCGCUGGCGCAAGAGCUGAGCACAUGUCUGACCGCCCUGAUAAAGACAGACAGAGAGGCAGAGGUUCGGAGGGCUGCGGUUCACGUCAUCGCUCUGGUUCUCAGAGGCCUCAGUGAUAAAACUACUCAGGUUCUUGGGGAUGUUUUAUUAGAGUUGUAUCGGGCUCUGAAAUGGGUGGUGCGGUCAGACCCAGAUGAUGUGGCCGUACUCCAUGCUCAACUCGCUCUGGAAGAGCUUGAUGUUGUCAUGAGGAGGUUCAUCUUCCCUCAACAGAAACUUGAGAAAAAGAUUGUGGUUCUUCCUUGAAAGCGCUCCAGGAGUAACAUAAGCUCUCGAACAGACAGAGGUUUACCUUUUAGAUUUCUACUCUCCAUUUCAUUAUUUAACCCUGUAGUUAUACCUGUAGGUUUAUACCCUUUUAGGGUUUUCUUUUUUUUUUUAUGCCCAUAUUUCCAUACUCGGCCUGAAAAACCUGUCUUUGGCAUUGAUAAACUAGCAUUCCGCCUUUUGUUAUCGGGUAGAUUACAGGGCACCUGAAAGGCAUAAGAUAUGUCUCUGUAAACAGAGCUAUAGAAGCCCUGCAGUAGCUAAUUUCCACUCUGUUCUAUACUGGUGAUAAAAUGGGUGUUUGCUUUUUUUUUUUAUAAAGAUGGCUGGGUCAUGAAAUCAUUGUAAGACAUCACAGGGCAAUUAGUCAUUCUACUUUAAUUCCUUCCCCUGCGCAUACUGAAACUUUCCAUAAGCCCCCCUCAUUAACCGUCUCUAUGGCUUUCUAACCUGUGUGGUCUACCCCAGAGCAGAGCUGAUAAAAUAUCAUGCAAAUAUUUAAUGUUAGCAUUUCUGCUAGCUUAUAACAUUUUAGUUUGUUCAUGAUGCCUCUGAAAUGAAAUAAAGAGUGCAGAUUUUUUUCAAAGCAUGUUGUGCUAACAUCGUGUGUUCGUUGCUUAUUGUCAUCUCCAGUUUUAUUUUCCUUUUGCUAUGAUUGUUUUAAAGACAUUGGAAAUGUGAGCACAUGCCUGAACAUCUGGGGCAGGUUGCAUGGUCAAAAAUUCCUGUCUGCUCUAUGCUGUAAGGUAAUGGAGGUUAACUAACUGUUAACCUGCUAAAAAUAGUUCAUAUUGUAAAAUGAACAAAGCAUUUGAAUUAGAGGGCAUUGUUCAAUCCAUGUUUAAUGUUACACUGUCUGAUAAUAUACAGUGUAUAUAUACAGUUAUUUAUAUAUAUAUACCGUAUGAUUUUCCUAUUAUUUCCUAUUGACAUUAAAGCAGAAGUAAAAUAACCAUAUUAUUAGACAAAUCUUUUUGUGCCUUAGUCUUCUGCAUAGUAUUACAACAUAGUACAGUUUAAUGUACUUUUAAUGUAUGAUGGAAAUAUACUGACAUUUUUAAAACACAAAACUUCGUCCCCGGUCCAAAAAGUACAUUUAUUUAAUUAGGCUGCAAAACAGCUCAUUUCAAACUUCUGCAAAUUUCUAUCAGAUAGAUGAAUACAUUAGCAUAUGACCGUCCAUAAUUACAUCAACAACACCUAUUCUGUGUUUAGCAAUUUAGACCCCUAGUCUCAGCGAGAUAAUUAGGAAAUAUAUAUAUUUUUUUAACUAUUAUUACACGGCUCUCUAGAAAACUCAACUCUGUCAAUUGUGACAUCUAGCAGUACGAUAUUUCUGUAUAAAGAUUGCACAUUCAGGGAUAAAGUGAUAUCUGACCAGUCAUCGGGUAUUACGAGUCAUCUUUCCUACUUGUGGUAUCAUUCUGCAAUCUCUACAAGUAUGCUAAUAUAAGAAAUUAAACUCAAAUCAAUGUUUCAUGUCCAUUUAUUUAUUUGGCAGGUAGUCGUGUUAUAAGUGGGAUAAUGUCAUCUUACUUAUUAACACCUAAAUAUCUAACCAUAACAGUAAAAAGUGAGAAAGUUUGCCAAACCUUACGCUGUUCCUGACUGUGUGCAGCACCUGCUACUCUGUAUAUCUUUCAGAAGGAUCCCAAUAUUAGAAACAAGCAGUUGAAGUUUAUUUUUAACAAUGCCUCUGAUCAUUUCAGUCCAAUCUUAAGUUCGUGUGACGCAUUUCAGCACAUAUUGUUUUGUGAUCCAGACACAAUGGAAUGCAGGCUUGCAAAGAGGCUGUUAUUGAAGGGUCACGUAGCACAAACUAUAUUGGAUUUUUUACAUAGAAUUCUUAGAGUUCACCCAAAAAU